GAUCAAAUCUCAGUCAUCAUUCCAAUUUAAAUUAUAAAUAAAGGUACUUAAUUCUACAUCUCCACAACAAAACUGCACUCUCCAAUGCUUUCACCCACAUUUACCAUGUCAUCAUUGCUUUCGCUAUCUUUCUCUCUAUUUGCUUUCAAUGCCCAAGCUCAAGUUCCCGCUAAUCAAACAUUCAAGUUUGUCAACGAAGGAGAAUUUGGGCCUUACAUUGUAGAAUAUGAUGGAAACUACCGUAUGCUUAAUGUGUAUAGCUCCCCCUUCCAACUUGCCUUCUACAACACUAGCCCAAAUGCCUUUACACUAGCUCUUCGCAUGGGUACGACUCGCUCAGAGUCACUCAGACGUUGGGUUUGGGAGGCCAAUCGAGGAAACCCAGUUGGAGAAAAUGCCACCCUCGCGUUUGGAACAGAUGGCAAUCUUGUACUAGCGGAUGCCGAUGGCCGAGUGGCUUGGCAAACCAACACUGCCAAUAAAGGUGUGGUAGGCUUCAAGUUGCUUCCAACAGGCAACAUGGUGCUCCAUGACUCGAAGAGCAACUUUGUCUGGCAAAGCUUUGACCACCCUACUGACACCUUGUUGGUGGGUCAAUCUCUAAGGGCCAGAGCAGUGAACAAACUGGUGAGUCGAGCCUCCGAGACAGAAAACAAAGAUGGACCUUACAGCAUAGUGAUGGAAUCCAAGUCAAUAUCUUUGUAUUACAAGAGCAACAACUCCCCAAAGCCGUUACUCUACACUCAGUUUUCAAUUACAGAUGUUACACCGGCCAAAAGCGUAUUUGACCGUGUCACAUUUAAUUGUGCUCCAGAGACAGAUGAGGGCCAUGCUUAUGACCUAACCCUACAAUUUGAAGUGGUCAACCCUACCUUAGCGGGAGGCCACAUUCUAGCGAGGCCCAAAUACAAUAGCAUGUUGACAUUCCUUAGGCUUGAAAUAGAUGGAAAUGUCAAGCUUUACACUUACGAUGACAAUGUGGAUUGGGGUGCGUGGGAGGUGACCUUCACUCUUUUCGAUAGAGAUAAUUGGUUAUGGGAAACUAAUGAGUGCCAAUUGCCCGAGCGAUGUGGUACUUUUGGCCUUUGUGAGGACAGCCAAUGUGUUGCUUGCCCAUCCUCUAAGGGAUUAUUGGGUUGGAGCAAGACUUGUAAGCCUGAGAAGCUAACUUCUUGUGAUGCCAAGAGCUUCCACUACUACAAAGUUGGAGGGGUUGAUCACUUCUUGAGCAAGUACACCAAGGGAGAAGCUACAAAGGAGGCUAAUUGUGCUAAGAAGUGUACUUCGAAUUGCAAGUGUUUGGGUUACUUUUACAACAAAAAUACAUCAAGGUGUUGGAUAGCUUACGAUUUGAAAACAUUGACCAAGGUUGCCAAUUCCACCCACGUGGCUUACAUCAAGGCACCUAAUCACUAAUAUAAUAUGCUCUAGAUCAUCGCUUAAUUUGUUUAUUUUCUCAAUGAGGUUUGAAGUUAAAAUGUUAAUAAAAUAAUAAGUCGUUAGUGUUUCACUAAUAUAAUAUGCUCUAGAUCUACAUGUUGUGAACUUUAGUGUUUGUAAUUUGAUUAUGUGCACCCCUAUAAUA